CGACCGACCGCGCCCACCGCAACGUGACAUCGCGCGCCUUGUUCCGUUGCCGACCCUAUUCAUUCGCGGUCUUCGUCUUUCAUCACGCUCCUUAUCAACCCAACCUCCACAGCUCCCGACAACGAAGCUUCAACUAGCGUCACGGAGCCUCGGUGCAUGCUCUGCAUACAUUUUAUCAACCUUGCUCCCGCCGAGUCGAUCCCUGAACCAUAAGAGAUGCCUCCACCGAAGCGAAAGCGACCUGAUCGCACCUACUCCCAGGAUGAUGAUCGCAACUCACGACCGUCGCCGCAUCGCCCGCAGAACCUCGGGCUCGCACAUGCGCAGCAGCAGCAGCAGCAGCAGUCCAACAGCCCGCGCGGGGGUGGUGGCCGGCGUCAGAGCAGAAACAGCGGUCGAGGUGGCUCCAGCGUACCCCAGAGCCCUAAUGUCUCACAAGCACCACCUACAGCCAUGUCCCCACCCACAAACACGUUACCACUCAGCAGGCCAGCGCAAGCGACUCCAUCUGUUCCUGCACCACCAACAGAGCCCCCUUCGACACCCUCUACUCCUCGAGAAGUCCCAGAGAGCAACGAGUACCUGACCCCGGAGCGAGUUGCUCAGUGGAAUGCCGACGCACGCGAUGCCGUGGUACAUGCUGCCGUGUCAGCUCAGCGUGAGGGCGAUGUCCUCACAAUGUCUGUCAUAUUCCACGAGAUCAUCGAGGCGGCUAUGGAUCGCUUGAUGGAUUCAGCGGUGCUAGGAUCGAUAGUCCGAGAUAUUGUUGCUGCUCCUGCCGACGAACUGGUGGAUCCCGUGUCCACCUUCCUCGACACGCUCAGCUCACUGACACAAGACAAAGAGAAACGGGCGCUCGUACGGCAGCUACUUGUUGCGACCGACAUCCAUGUUUCCCGUAUACGCACCGAGCUCGAGAACGAACUACUGACCUCCUUGGGUUUGGUCCGAGAUAGCUUCGGUAAGAUGGCUGUGCGUAAAGCGACCCAUGCGCUAUACCGACAAUCGAACUACAACCUCCUCCGCGAAGAGACCGAAGGCUACUCUAAGCUCAUGACGGAAUACUUCACCACAGUCAACAGUCAACCGCCCACUCAGGAAGUCGUGAGCGAGACUUAUGAGCGAGUCAAUGCACUCAUUGGUGCAUUCGAUCUGGACAUUGGCAGGGUGCUCGAUGUAACCUUGGACGUGUUCGCCAACCUUCUUGUCAAGCAUGGACGCUUCUUUGUCAAGUUACUGCGAUCAAGUGCGUGGUGGCCGGAGCUACGCGGACUCGAGGGCAUUGAGUGGGAAGAGGCAGAUGUAUCCGCCCUACCGCAGUGGGCACAACCAGAGUCACCCCUGUGGCACUAUUCUGAUCAAGAGAAAGACAAGCAAUUGCAACUACGAGAGCAGAGGGAUCGAAAGUUCUGGCAGCGUGUCGGAGAGCUGGGGCCUCGCUCCGGGAUUGAGGCGUUCUUUGAACUUGGUGGUCGCCGCAUCACUUCGAACAAUCGGCAACCAGAUCACACAAUCUCCACAGAAGGUACACCGCUAUCCAAGCAGCAGGCCGCUCGAAAGUGGGCAGAUGAGUGGAUGGAGCAAACUAAGACUCUUCCGCCACCCGGCAACGACAUUGCCGCCCAGCUUCUUGGUUUCAAACUUCGCUUCUACGCCUCUGAUACCCGCGACUCAUCCGAUUUUCUUCCGGACAACCUCAUCUAUCUGGCUGCCCUUCUGAUCAAGAUUGGCUUCAUCUCUAUCUUGGAUCUCUACCCACAUCUGUACCCACUGGAGGAAGAUAUGCCUGCACACAAAGAGAGCCUUCUAAAGGCAAAGAAGGAGAGGGAACGGAAGGAUCGAGGAGGUAUUGCUAAUGCGCUGACCAUGGCUGGGGCACUACCGGACGACAACUUGCCACCAGCUAUUAGUCGUUUACGGGAGGCUGAAGGCAAGUCGAAAUCCGAGUCUGAAAGAGGUACACCCGCCAAAACCGACGAAGCUACCGAAAGGAAGAAAACAUUACCUGAACCUGCGGACCAAAAGUUCCAGCUUCUGAAGAGUUUACUCUGCAUCGGGGCUCUGCCAGAAGCAUUGUUCAUCCUGGGACGUCACCCCUGGAUGCUCGACACUUACCCUGAACUGCUUAAGCUCAUUUUCCGCCUGGCACAUCACUCGCUCAGCAAAGUCUAUGAGGCAGCGAGGCCUACUCCAUCAGAUCAACCCCUUCCUACCAAGGGCGCCGGUCUUCGAACGUCCUCAAGGCCAUGCGACUAUAUCCCCCGGCGAACGCUCCGAUGGGCCAAGCCAGACGAGAGAGAUGCAGGCGAUGGAAUUGAUUACAAGUUCUACUGGGAAGACUGGGUGGACAAUGUUCCUGUCUGUCAAGAGGUCGACGAUGUGAUAAAACUCUGCAAUACUCUUCUCGGCUUGGUGGGACCGGAAUGCGGUCAGGAUAUUGUUCUGUUGACAAAAAUCGUGCGCAUUGGCAAACAUGACCUAGCAGCCGAUCCAUCGGACGCGAAUCGAAAACGCUGGGUCAAUUUCUCGGCGACCUUCAUCGCCCCUGCACUCUCCUUCACAGGCAGGAAUCCCGGUAUCAUCAACGAGGUCUGGGACCUGUUCAAGCAGUUUGACACCGCGACUAGGUACACCAUCUACCAGCAGUGGUUUUCUGGUAACAAACCAUCGAUGAGGGCUGUCUUUGCGAAGGUGCAAAACGAAACGAAGGGUACACUUUCACGAAUCUCGGCUACAAACACGAAGGAGUAUGGCAGAAAAAUUGCGAAAGUGUCCUACUCCAAUCCUGGCAUCGUCUUCCAGAUGACGUUGAGGCAACUGGUUGCCUACCCCAACAUGAUCGGCGCCCUGGUCGAGUGUAGUAAAUACCUCACAUUGCUCGGAUACGACUGUCUGACCUGGACCCUGGUGAACUUUUUCCUCAAUCCCAUCAAGGGUGGAACACAAGAGGAUGGUAUGCUGUCUGCACCAUGGCUUAAAAACAUCGCCUCGUUCGUCGGGAAAGCUUACCAGAAGUACUACCUGAUGGAUCCGACUCCUGUAUUACAGUUCACCACGCAUCAGCUGCUGCAAACGGAAGGCGAACUAUACAUGCUCGACGUUCUUGAACAGAUGAUCAAGUCGAUGGGCGGAAUUGCGUUGAGCGGAUCUUUGUCUGAGUCGAUGACCCUCGCGCUCUGUGGUGGGCCCGUCCUCCGCACCUUCACCUUACAACACCACCUCUCGGACAGUCGUCACCAAGCUGGUUCCUCUGCAAGACGUCUUGUGAGAUGUCUGAAAGAGACGGGCUUAGCACCACAGAUCCUUAUUGCGCUCGCACAGCACGUGGAGGCCUAUCCCCAUCGCGAAGAUCAGCGAGAAGAACCCGACAAGGUGGUGCUCUUCAACGUGGACAAACUGCGCUCCAACCUUAUCCAGUACCUAGAGCUUCUUCGAGCAUACCUCUCUGCGGACGAAUUUGAUCAACUCUUUCCCCCGCUGAUUGAGAUGAUGUCCAGCUUCGGUGUUGAGCCAGAUGUUGCUUUCACUGUUGCUCGUGCUAGCAUAGCAGCCAAGGCCAACGCUUUCAGAGUCGAGCGACAGCCGAAGUCAGCCAACGGCGAUACUAUCAUGGAUGAAGCCGAAGGAUCACCGCUUGUCAAUGGAGCCACGGCCUUGUCCGACCUCGGGAUUAAGGAAUCACCAAAACCCACCGGAGACACUGAAAUGAAGGACGUAACUGCAACCACAGACGCUGUUGCAAAACAGGGGAGCUCAACUGUCUCCCUGUCAGCUCCUUCUGUGCCUGACAUGCCCAACCCCGAAAUUGAAGUGCUGGUGGAACAACUAAAACAGGCAUUACCAGAGACCUUCGCGGAUCAUCCUAGUCUCUCUUUCUACGUCACCUUCUGGCAACUUUCCUUACCGGACGUCGACGAGGGUGGGAUCAAUCAACAGUAUCGGGACACUAUUGCAUACUUUGAGCGACAGCUACCUGCACCUGUUCCUGAGCGCCGCGGCUACAAUCCCAACAUCCCUAGGAAGGAAACUGAGGAGGCGCGCCGGGCGAAACUAGAGAUUGCCAAGCUGAAGGAAGAACAACAGAAUGUCGCAAAAGCCAACGUUGUAACUCAGGACAGCCUGCGGGUCGAGAUGCAGCGAUGGUUUGACGGCAUUCCCAUGGUAGACUCGCGGUCCGACGCGCUCCACAAUGCUUUACUACAGGAUUGCUUCAUUCCUCGUAGCCGCAUGUCACUCCAAGACGCACAGUUUGCGUCGUCUAUGCUCAAGUUCAUGCACAAGUCCGGUGUGCCUGGUUUCCGUACGAUCAAGUUGCUUGAUCUUCUCUUCAACGCCAACAAGCUUACGUGCAUCAUCAGCAUGUACACUGAAGAGGAGUCAGCGACGUUCGGCCGCUUUUUGAAUGACAUUCUGCGCGAGCUGCAGAUUUGGCAUGAUAACAAAGAUGACGCGUAUGUUAAGCAUGCGCAUGGCUUACAGAAGAAAGUGCCUGGGUUUGGCAAGCGUUUCGAUGCCGGCCGAAAUGCAACGGACUUCCUUAAAUACGAGGAGUUCUGCAUGCUGCUGUAUAAGUGGCACAAAGCACUGUUCACUGCGCUGAAGACGUGCGUUGAUAGUGGCCACUUUAUGCAGAUUCGGAACUCCAUCAACAUACUGAACGGCUUGUACCCAACGUUUCCCAAGGUGGACUCGAUGGCGAACGAAUUGCGGCAGACCAUCUCGCACCUUGCCGAGGUCGACGAAAGAGAUGAUUUGAAGACAUCUUUGCAAUCGAUUCUCGCUGGUUUCAAAAAGAGCGCAAAGUUCUGGCAGAAGGAACAUGAAUUUCGCAAUCUUCCGGCACCUCCAACGCCGAGUAGCACUGACAAACCUACUACCGACAAGGCUCAAACACCACAGCCGCAAGAUACGAAGCUUAGUGCGACUGCGCUUGCUUUCCAGCCGAAGAUCGAGACCAACGGUAUUCAGAAAGGUCUACCAGAUACUAUGGACGAAAAUACGCCAAGGCGGACUGGGUCGACGCCGGCAACGCCCGUGCCUACCCCAAGGGACCGAGAAUCCGCUAAGUUAGUACCAAAGUUGCCUGAACCCAGGGCAUCCACUCCAGCAAGACAGGAUAUGGGCCCCGGGAAAUCCACGGCGAAGCCUGGUCCUCCUAUGCAUGCGUCACACGUACCCCUGCGGCCGGAUAGCAGAAGCACGCCGACACAGUCUACGCCUAUUAGUAGACCUUCGCAUGCCUUGCCAACAAGGCCUGACGCACAACCAUCGAGGGCUCGACAACCCGAACGACCUGGUGUCGACCGCCCGGCAGAUCAUAGUCGAUAUGAUACUCGAGGACCACCACCAACUGAUUAUGGGCGAUUGGACCGCCCCGGUGAUGCUGUACGCCAACGCGAAGCAUCUCCCGGUCGCCGUGCACGACCUCUUCCUGGUGGCAGAACACCUGAGAGGAUUCCACAGGCAACCGAGCAUCGCGAGUGGCCGGCAAGAGACACCAGAGAGUAUGACGAAAGGGCCAUGCGAGCGCCACCGCGAGAUGCGCGAGGUUCCCUAGCGCGAGCGCCGCCAAACUGGGAUCCUCGCGAUGCUAGAGAUCCAAGAGAUCAACGCGAGCGACCCGACUCUCGGGGUCACGUUGCGCCACUGUCAAUGGAGCCUCGCCGUAUGCCUUCCAAUUCAUCAGUAGCUCAAGAGCAUACGGCACAUCGACGAGACUUGCCACCACCAAACGUUCGUUCAGGCACAGAGCGGGAGGACCAUGGCCCACUGCACCCGUCGCCGGCCGCACCCGUACCAGCGGCUGAUGGGGCUAUGGUAAAUCCAGCGCGCGCUGCUCUCAUCAAUCAAGCUGAGCAUGGAAGACACGAACCGCAAAGGUCCGAUCGUGAUGGCCGCCGUGAUAAAGGCUCACGUCCACAGUCACCUCGCCGUGGCGAAGAUAGACGUGGAGAAGAACGCCGAGUCGAAGAACGUCCACCUCCAGGUUAUCACGGUCGCAGUGAUGCGCCUCGCGAGCAUCGUGAUGAGCGAAUACCUUCGCAGGCUCCACUACCAGGCAGCCGAGAUCGCCGGGAUGAACUUACUGCAAGCACCCCAACGGGCCCGCGUGGUGGACGAAACGAGCCUUCGACGCCUGCUCGCGCCUCUCGUGAUAUGUUCCAGCUCGCGCAAGGUCCAAGGCCAUCGCAUCACCAGGCUCAGGAUCCCAACUACGGACGACUCAAUCAGCCUUCUGAACCAGCACCCCCUUCAGGUCCACGGAGUGAACGGCCGCAAACACAGUCUCAGCCGCCCACACCAACUGCACCUUCGGGUCCCGCAGCGUCUCAUCCUGUAGGAAUCCAUCCCAGCAGACUUGAGAACAUACAUGGCAAGGGGCCAAGCGGGCCGCUUUUGCAGACAAAUGUGCCCAAUGCUCCAAGCGGGCCACGAGGCUCAUUUAGAACACCCCAGGGACAAAUACCAUCAUCACCUGUGGGCCGGGGUCCUCCGACUGGUCCUGCUGCCGCGGAUCGCGGACCAAGGAAUGCGGGCAACCCCUUGCGAGCAAUUAAUAGUGUAUUGACGCAGAAUGCACCUACAGAUAGACCAAGUGAACGCGUUGCACCUUCACAAAACCCUCCUGUACGUGGCCGAGGUGCAACUCGUGCCAACAGUCCUUUAGAAGCAUCAGGUGAUAUGGCCAGUCCCAUGCCGCCGCCAGCGCACGCUUCGACACCCAACUCCCGCAUGGAAGGUCAGCAUUCGAGGAACAGUAGAACGGAGAAUCCACCGGGCCGGGUGGAAGGCGCUCUACCAGAAGAAGGACGAUCAGAGUCCCGUGGACAUAGGGACAGCAGACGUAGCGAGCGGCCAGGACGCGAGCGCUCUCCUGAUCGAGGUGAUAGGCGACCAGAUGAGCGAAACAGUCGCAACGGACCUACGGAGCGACCAGGCCAAACCGAACAAGAGCGAGGGCCGGAGCGUGACCGCGGUGGUCGUGAAAAGCGAGGCGGUGAUAGAGAGAGCAGUAGACGAGAGCGCGAACGAGAAGGUGAACGAUCCACAGAGCGCUCUGGUCGCGAACCACGGGAAAGCAGUAGACGCGAGCGUGGCUCACGAGACGAAAGUCGAGCAUCCGGACGCGAUGAGCGUGAUAGGCGGAGCCGAGGAGGUGGAGCAGGAGAUGAUGGAAAGAAAAGGGCACGCGAUCCAACGGAUCAGGGGCAGGGGCACGGCGACGUGAAGCGCAGACGGUAGAAACGUACGCAUAAGCGUUCUUGAAAGUUAUACUAUAUUUGGGACUGCAUUGCAAGGCGUUGAGGCAUAACGAUACCCCGAGUACUUCACUCGAGCGAAAAUUUGGGUGGCAUUUAGCAUGGAGUUUGUUCAGAUAUGCCCAAGGAAUUUUCUUCUUUCUUUUGUUGCGGUUAUGCAUUGUUUAGGAGGGCCUAAUCUCUACCGCUCUUUGUAUAGUAUAAUUAUUAGUAAGAGGUGGAAACACCUGGGCAGAUCUAGGACGCGAAAUCGAAGAUGCACAUGUCUACCUACUUGCCUUUCUACUUCUAUAGACGGACGUAGGGAUGGGAAGGGCUGCGAAC